AUGCUUGACCAUCGUCAACUACCACCAACAGCAAUGUUUCUACUGUUCGCAAUUUUCACUGCUCUCCUCACUACAGUGCUCUCGCAGUACGGCUCCUACUACUCUCAGUACGGUUAUUCCCGACCAUCCUACUACUCCAGUCCUUAUGGAUACAACCAAUACUCCUCCUAUGGCUAUAAUCAGUACCCAGGUUACUAUCAGCAAUACAACAGCUAUCGAGCUCCUUCGCUGUUAGGAAGACUCUUCGGAGGUGGUGGCUACAACGUCGACCGCUACGGAAAUUCUUACAUCGGUACGCCGAGUUACGGCUAUUCCCGACCGUCGUACUACUCCAGUCCUUAUGGAUACCCAGGUUACUAUCAGCAGUACAGUAACUAUCGAGCUCCUUCACCAUUAGGAAGACUCUUCGGAGGUGGUGGAUACAACGUUGAUCAAUAUGGUAACUCUUACAUCGGAACACCGAGUGUGGGAUUUUUCCUUACAUGCAAUGGACGAGGAUGUGCUACACGCGGAUAA